UAAAAAAAAAAAAAAAAAAAAAAAAAAAAAAAUCCUUGCCGCUGGAAUUAAAAUGAGCACUCCUGCUGAGCGGCUCUCCUCCUCCAUAUAGCGCUGCCUUCUCUGCUCAAGAUCUGUUUUAUGUGACUCCAGCAGGCGACGCAGGAUGACUACUACCUUAUCGCUGGUGUUUUUGUGCGCUCUGAUGGCGCUAAUGUUGGCAUCUAAGACGGAGCGGGCGGUGCUGCUUCCCUGUCCCUCCGGCGAGUACACCAACGAUGGAGAGUGCUGCAGGGAGUGCCCACCUGGAGAGGGAGUGGUGAAGAAAUGCGGCGCUACUCAGACUGUCUGUGCCCAGUGUUUGGACAGUGAGACCUACUCCGAGAACUACAGUCACACAGAGGAGUGCAAGCCUUGUACUCAGUGUACAGGUCUGAUGCGGAUGGAGACGCCUUGCACCGACUCCAACGAUGCCAACUGCGUCUGCAACUACAACUUCUACUUCAAUACCCUAUCCGGCAAAUGCGAACCGUGUACGGUGUGCCCUGUAGGUGAGGGCGUGUACGCGCACUGCGAACAUGAUCACGACACCGUGUGUGAGGAGUGUGUGGACUAUACCUUCUCUGAUCGGGAAAGCUCCCUCGACCCCUGCCUUCCCUGCACCAUCUGUGAUGAGGAAACGGAGAUACAGUUGGCUUUUUGCAUCCCUACCAGUGACUCCGUCUGUCAUAAUCCUCUCCUCCCUACGUAUAUCCCUACAACCUCUGAUAUGGCUCCGACUUCACCCUCCUUCACCAGUUUCUUCCUCCCAGACAGCUCCGAAAGCCUGUUGCCGGGAGGAGAGACGACCACGUCGAGCGCCGGCUCUCCUCGCUUCCUCGGCCACGGCCUCAACGAGAACCUCAUCCCCAUCUACUGCUCCAUCCUCGCCGCUGUGGUGGUGGGGCUGGUGGCUUACAUUGUUUUUAAGAGGUGGAAUAGCUGCAAGCAGAACAAGCAGGCAGCUAAUAACCGUGCGGCUACAAACAACCAGAUGGUAACACCGGAGGGAGAGAAGCUGCACAGUGACAGCGGCAUCUCGGUGGACAGUCAGAGUCUGCAGGAGCAGCAGCAGCAGCAGCAGCAGCAGCAGCAACAGCAGCAGCAAGCCCAGGCUGAAGUCCAGGCUCAGCCUUCACACUCACACACACAGGAACAGAUAGUGGUGAGGGUGGACGGCGGUUCCCAGCCCGACUCUCUUCCCCCUGAAGUCUGAGGAAGAGAAGGGAGGAAGAGGAGGUGUCAGAGCUGAAGACAGGGAGAGAAGAGAGCGGGGACCUGAAUUGUGGUCCAGAAAGAAAGCAGGGGGUCCAUACAGGAAAGAAAAACUGACUCUGAUUCAUAUCUGAAUUGGCCACAGAGGAGAAAGACUUGACUUGGAUGGACCUCCCAGCACCUUUGGGCCACAGACUGAUUCUUCAUCCCUGCAUACAGAGUCCAACUCUAUCUGUCAGUGUGCCUGGACUAGACCUCUACGGCAAUAUCAACCACUAUCUGUAUCAAUGUCACUUCAGCUGCAGAUACAUAAUCGUAGAUAUGCCAGUGCAUCUCGUAUUAACUGAAUAUUCCAGUAUCUAAUGUUGACAUAUGACAUAAUUCUCACUAACUUAGCAUCCUCUGCCCCCUUUCUACGUUUUCCGUUUUCCCUCUAAUUCCAUCAACGUUAACCAUGAAACAUAUGUGUCUGAAAGGUAAAUUGGCAGAAAGCUCCUCCAUUAUCUUUUCUCUGCACAUCAAAAAAAAAAAAGGCAGUGGCAACCUUUCCCUCUCACAUCUUCCUCUCUGGUGUCCCACUCUCAGAUAAUCUUCUGUCUCUCUCUAUAGGAUUCGCUCUAUUAGACCCCCGCCGUUAUCUGCGAUACAAAACGCAGCGGGGGAGCAGUGAGUCAUUCCCAACUUCUUCUGAAGUUUCUUGUUCUUUUUAUCAUUUACCACGGACGCAUUUCAUGGCGUGUUGUCUUGCAAAAGGUUUGCAUCAUUGUUUGAGAUUGGCUGCACCGGCUGAUGCAAGUGACUCAUAUAUGAGAAGAAAGGUCAAUUAUUGUCUAGUCCAGUCGCUCAUCAACUGUUUCUCCUCAGCGAUAUGCUCCUUCCUCAGUCUCUACCGUACAUCCCCCCUCGCUGACAUAAACCCCUUCACAACGCCUCCGGGGAUUGCGUUUCAGUAAUUUCAUGCUUAUAAUGUUACACACCCAAGUGUUUGUCUACUGGUUUGGGGUGCUUUACUUUUCAUUUUGUGGUUUAAGUUAUAGGGCUGAUUCAGCAGGGUGCCUCCACGGUUCUCUCCGGAGCCUGGGAGUGCAGCAUGAGAGAAAGAUCUCUGGACUGUGGAGCUCUGCUGACUCACCGCGAUGAGUAGACACAUCUGAGAGGAUGCAAAGCAGUCUGGUGAGCAAAAAAAAAAAAAAAAAAAAAGGAGCUGUGACGUCAUUGGUGAUCUAGCAGACAGUGCUGCUCAUUAAACAGACACUGUAAUGAUUCAGGACUAAAAAAAAAAUAGCAACAAGGAAUCCCAUCUGUCAUUCUUUACACUUGCUGAGUGGAAAAUCGGGACACCCCUCUGAGGCAAAGUCUCUUUUCACUAUCCCCACCGCCACUAGCAUCAUCUUCACCUACUCGCUCUUAUACAGCUCUGUCUGCGUGAUAGAGCCUGAUAAACAGCGGCCGGGGCGAUAAUGCAUCGUCGGCGGCACUCGCGUCAACACAGGGCCCAUUAGAGAGACAUCCUGACAGGCAGGUAGUAAUUACCUCAGGGUUUCAGCUUCAUUUACCCUCUGCUCCACUCCACUCAGCAGCCUCUCAUCGGGAUUAAUGCUUUGGACAGCAAAGGGGGGGACACGGCCCUCUUUGAAGCGCCAACGUGACAUUACAGAUCCCUUAUCCAAGUUUGCGGGCGCUGACAUUUACUAUAUUGCCAUGGUGAUAUAAAAGCACUUAGUCCGGGCUCACUUCUAAGGCUGGGUGGCACCUUUUAUCACACUGGAUCACUUUUAUGUUACCCCCCCCCUCCUCACUCCCUCCCACUUCCGCUGCUCGCAGUAACUGUAAAAGCAGCUGACAUAAAUAUCUUGUAAAAGAAGUGAGCUUGACUGCACUGCUUUAGUGUUCAUUCCUAAAGGGGCAUGUAUUUCCUCAGGGUCCCUCCUGUAUGAUGAUAAGAAUUUCAACAAAUCCGUAGAGGAUUUCUGUAAACAAUCUGUUGAUGUAUGAUACAGUAAGGAGGUCGGAAGGUACAGAUAUAAAGCAGCUAUGUUGAAAAACGAAAACGGUACAAAGAUAGGUGUUGAUGAAAAUAUUUGCAAAUUCCAAUAUGAUUCAGAAAUGAAUCAAUUUUAAGGCGAUAUAAGAUAUAGUCAGCAGAGCAUGUACAGUUUAGCGAGCAGUGGAUAAGAUAAGAAGAAGACAGAGAGUGAGUCAUUUUAUCCUGUGUGAUGCUGCAUGGAUCCGUCACCAACAUCUCAAGACGAUUAAACUUUGUGGUCUCCUCACGUGUGAUUCAUUCUGUAUCACUGCAGCGAUAUGAAGGGAAACAAAUAAAACUCUGCCGUGUUUUUGCUCACAACUCCUCAGUUGACGUGUGCAUGUGGUGUGGACAUGUGACCACACACACACACACACAAAGCGACAGUGUAUGAUUCGCUCCUCUAUUGAGUGAGUGGGUAUGAUUCAUCCCGAUCCUGACUAUGGCAGUGACGCUGCUACAGUACAGUAUGAGUGACCAGAGUGUUGAUUUAAAGAAUAAAAAAAAAAAAUCAUACUCCUCAACUCCGUCACCCCCUGAGGCCCAAUCAGCGCUCCAGCAGCGCACCCAUCUACCCUGAACCAGCUUAUUCUCUUUCUGCAGCAGCUUGUGAAGUGAGACACACAUUUUAAAGAAUGUACAACCCGAUUAUAAACAGAAAUAUGCAAGACACAUUCAAGGAUAAGGUUUAAGUUUGCCCUCGUUCUGUUGUUGUAAAUUGCUUUUGUCUUUCCAUUUUCCUGUUUGGUUAUCUUAUGAAUAGUAUUACACUUUUGGAAUCAGUAUUUUUUCUAACUGAUAUGUUAUUUUGCAGCACUUAUUAGAUGUAAUAUGAAUGCACUCAAAGAGUGUACCACAGUUCAAGUGCCUGUGUACAGUGUCAGGUGUCUUUAAGUUCAGAACUUGACAUUUUUGUUGCAUUUUUUUCCCCACUUAUUUUAUUAUUUUAUGUGCAUUUUUAUAUAUAUUUUUAGAGCUAAUGAAGGUUUUUAGUAAACAAAGGUCAGACAUGUAGAUGAACCUCGGAGACUCAAACAAACUGUAUAAACCUGGCACCAAUAUAGAGAGACUUACAGUACAAACAGGUUGCCACCAUACUCUAUGUUAACAUGCUAUAAAAUACCGGCAACUAAAGGCUCAUGUAGCACUACAAAAUCAUAUACAGGUACAUGUCACCUGAGACUUCUACUCUAAAUCUCACAUAUGCUAUUAGUCAAUAGAAAUCAGCUCUAUUGUGCAGGGGUUUUGCAUGUAUGGUAAGUUUCAUCAUGUACCUCCAUUUCAGAGGUAACAGGACAUGUACAAUAGUAAUCUGCCAUAACAUGAACUCUGUGGGGAGGUUCACUGUGAUUCUCUGUCAUAGCAUUAUUACAUACCUGAGAGAGAUAGUUCAGGACCUGCUCCCGAAAAAGCUGAAUGUCAACUGUACUUACCUACUAAUGUAAAAUGCAUUGUGUAAAUGUGAAUUUCUUAGAGUUGAUACAAGAUACAAAAGUACACUAUAAAAUGUAAAAAAAAAAAAAAGACAAAAAUGUGUGCAAAUGAAAUGAACAUCUAUAAUACAAUAAACAGAGAUGUCAUUGCA